GAUUGUUAUACAAGACGGUUUGUUCGCAUAAAACAAAGCAAGCUAGCUAUAGCUAGCUACACAUUUUGCGUUAUUGUAUAAUUUAAGUGUUCAGAUGAAGUACUUGCAUAAUGUGUACAUCACACAAUUUCCCUUUAGACUUAGAUUUAUAAAUACUAACAUUUAAGAUGUAUCACCAUGAAGACGAAUCCGGAUAUGCUGGUGCUGUUCCAGGAAGUAUCAUGGAUGAUGAUGACUCUCGUGCUAUUAGCCCAUCAAAUUUACGUCAACAGAAGUUGGAAAAGGAGAGACAAAGAAUGGCAGAGAAGCAAAAACAAAAACGAUUGGGUUCAGGAAUGAUGCAAGCUAAUCCAAUGCGGGCUGGUGCAAGACCAAAAUCAGCUGGAAAACCAGGAUCGCGGAACACAGAGUCGAUAGGAUCAGGUGUUGUUAAUACAGCAUAUAUAUCUGAUUCAGUACCAUCUGCUAAAAAUUCAAUAUUGGUGGAAGACCAUGAUGAAGAUGGAAUACCAACAGAGGUUGUCGAUGGGGGUGUGAAAAGUAACCGAGUCUCCAAAAAUAGAAAAGAAUCUACUGACGAAGACGAUGAUGAUAAUGAUAUAGAAUCUUCUUCUUUACCUGUUGUUGAACCCAAUACCCGUGCUGAAAGACGCUCCAUGUCUUCCCCUGUAAACCAAGGCCCACCAGUGGAUAUUAUGAGACACUCAACUGUUGACAAUGGUCCAGCAGACACUUUUGUAAAUGGGGUGGACUUUGAAAUCGAUGACUUGAAUAAAUUUGUGUUGGUGCCUGCACCACAAGGCACGACAAUGAAAUGUCGAAUUACGCGUGAUAAAAAAGGAGUCGAUCGUCAAAUGUUUCCUACGUAUUUCCUUCAUCUUGAGAAAGAUGAUGGUAAAAAGAUAUUUUUACUUGCUGGUCGAAAAAGAAAGAAGAGUAAAACUUCGAAUUAUUUAAUCGCAACCGACCCUAUUGAUUUAUCAAGAGCCGGAGAAAAUUUUGUUGGUAAAUUAAGAUCCAACCUGGUUGGUACCAAAUUUACAUGUUUCGACGGUGGUCAGAAUCCUAAAAAGGGUGGAGUUCUUACAGAUGGUUCAAAUUUGAGGGAAGAACUCUGCGCUAUUAUUUAUGAUACGAAUGUGUUGGGAUUUAAAGGUCCACGUAAAAUGACUGUUGUAAUACCUGGCAUGGGAUUAGACCACCAAAGAGUAUCUGUACAACCUCAAAGUGGUAACGAUAAUUUACUAGAACGAUUAAGAACAAAACAAAUGGAUAACCUAAUAACCUUACAUAAUAAAACACCUGUGUGGAAUGAUGAUACGCAAUCUUAUGUGUUGAAUUUUCACGGAAGAGUUACGCAAGCAUCAGUAAAGAACUUUCAAGUCGUUCAUGAAAACGAUCAGGACUAUAUUGUCAUGCAAUUUGGGCGUGUAGCAGAUGACAUCUUUACAAUGGACUUUAACUACCCACUAUGUGCAUUACAAGCAUUCGCGAUAGCUUUGAGCAGUUUUGACGGGAAAUUAGCUUGUGAAUAAUGACUCCAUUCAAAUCCAUCAAAGGCAAAAAUUUCCAUGUAUGACUUAUAAAUUCGAAGAAGCGUUGGUUAUCCUCACAAAUUAUGUAAAGGCAGGCCUUUGCAAUGCGAGAGAGGUAUUUGUUGUGAUCAAGCCAUGCUGUUAUGAGAAGUAUUUUAAGUCAGUUUCGGGUUUUAUGAAUCCGCUUCAAUUCCUACCGGACGUUUUUUAGUUAAAAAAAUUAUUAUUCAAUAUUGUUUUUAACCUUAUGAUAUAUAUAUAUGGAAUAUUGUGUGCAUUGACUUCUUCAUGUCGUCAUAAUUCGCAAUUUAGCUUUGUAUCUGCCUGCACUGUUUCCAUUAAGAAAAUGAAUCCGCCUAGCUUACUAUUUAAUUCGCGCCUUUUUUGUUAUUUUUCUUUUAUAUUUCAUUAGUGCAUGGAUUUUUUUGUGGAGUCGAUAUUAUGACUUCCCUGAUAAUCUUAAAAUUAAAUCAAUUUAAAAUAAACAUAAUAUAAAAAAGAAUUUUUAUUUGCGCAAAUUAAUUAAUAUAUUUUUCGUGUGUCAAAACAUCUUGUUUGUUAGUGUAGAGAUUGUUAAUGCAACAAAGUUUAUAGAGCGACCUUUGAAUGUUAUUUAUGUUUUUUGUUCUUGUAUUGUGUGAUCUAAGAGAUAUAUAUACGAAUUGUACAAAAUAUCGGUAGAUUUAAUUAAAGAUUUUUUUUCAAUUA